AUGAAGCUCACCACCGCCAUCUUCCUCACCCUCAACGCCGCCGCCCUCACCCUCGCGGCUCCCCAGUCCCUCGGCGACACCCCCACCUCCCCGGACACCCCAUCCGAGUUCGGCCCCGCCUACCCGGUCCCCGACCUCGGCACGGACUCGCCCGUCGCGCCCUCGGCCGCCGCCGCCGCCGCCGACAUCUCCGCCCGCGGCUGGGCCCCGCUCCCGCCGAAGAUCCGCUACUGCCAGCACGCCAACGGCGGCGGCGCGUGCAAGAACCAAGACAUCCAGCAGUGGUCGUGCUACAACUUCGAGUCCUACUGGAACGACCGCGUCAGCAGCAUCUACGUCAACCCCGGCUGGCUGUGCUGGCUGCACGCCGACAAGAAUUGCAACGGGCGGUAUGCGCAGUUCCGCGCGCCGGGCAUCUUGGAUCUGGGGAGGGGUUCGGGGCUGAAUGAUCAGGGGAGCUCGUUCAAGUGUGUGCCUUCGCAGCAGUGA